GGUGCCCCGGCCGGGGCCGAGGGCGCGGAGCCCCCUGCAGCACCCGCCCUGGGCCCCUCGGCCUCGGAGCAGGACCUGGCUGGGCGCAAGCCCCCGCGCAGCCCCCGGCCAUCCAGCCGCCCCCGGCCGCGGGCCGCCGGCAGGCACAUCAUCCAGAUCGAGAGCGCUGAGGACUGGACGGCCGAGGGGGGCUUCGGCACCAACGCGGACCCGCAGGCGCAGACGGCCAUGUCGCUGCCCUACGUGCCCAAGGCGCAGACCUCCUAUGGCUUCGCUACGCUGGUGGAGAGCCCCCACACACGGCGCAAAGAGUCGCUCUUCCACAGCGAGCACAGCAGCCUCUGCCCCUCGCCGGCCACCUCACCCAGCACCCAGCGCAGAGCCAAGCUCAAUGGUGAGAGUGGGCCCCGGGCACCCACUGACCUGGGCGCAGCCCUCAUGCACCCCGGCCGCUACUUCAGCGGCGGUGAGAGUGACACGUGCUCCUCGGCCGAGUCCUCGCCUUUUGGCUCCCCGCUGCUCUCCCGCUCCGUCUCCCUGCUGAAGAUCUUCAGCCAGGAGAGCCAGUCCAAGGUCAUCAAGCUGAAGCAUUCGGUAGCCCGCAACAGCUCACUGUCCACCGACGACAGCUCAGCCGACACCAGUCCCAGCGCCCAGCGCCGCGCCAGGAGCGCCCCAGCUGGGGGGCGGCCGCCUGCCGCCCUGCUGCCCCUGGACCUGCCGCCGGGCCGCGACCGGGAGCACAGCCUGCGGCUCAGCCGGGGUGGGAGCCUGCGCCUGGCCGCCGAGUACGACCCUUCCAACGCCCGGCUGCGCGUGCGGCUCGUCUCCGCCGAGGACCUCUACGACGCCCUCGUCGACCUGCGCAGCAUCAACUGCUGUGUCUCGCUGUGCCUCAACCCUGGGAAGCUGCAGAAGCAGCGCAGCACCAUCGUCAAGAACAGCCGCAACCCCAUCUUCAAUGAGGAUUUCUUCUUCGAUGGGUUGGGCCCCGGCCACGCCAGGAAGAUGUCCCUGAAGCUCAAGGUGGUCAACAAGGGCAGCAGCCUUAAGCGGGACACGCUGCUGGGGGAGAAGGAGGUGCCGCUCACUGCCCUCCUGUCCUGCCUGUAG